UGUAACUUUAGUGCGAUUUAGGUAGGUACCGUCAUACCUAUUUAUAGGUAGGUAUUUUCCCUAUUGCAUAGAUUGAUUGUGUUCGUUAUCUGGACCCCGCCAUCUAAACAACUCCAAGAUAAUUAUUUUUUUCAUUCCUCGCAAUCUUAUAUCCCGCAUUGUUGCAGCCUUCGACUCCUUUCUUCUCAUCGCCGGGAUACUAGCCAAUACAUAGACACCUUGAUCGACAGACAAGAUGGCCCCCGACCAUAAUGUUUGCCUAAUCGUGAUUGACGGCUGGGGCAUCCCCACCGAGGCCUCUCCCAAGAAUGGCGACGCCAUUGCCGCGGGCAAGACCCCUGUCAUGGACGAGCUAUCCGCGAGCUCGACCGGUUUCACUGAACUCGAAGCCUCCUCUCUCGCCGUUGGUCUCCCCGAGGGUCUCAUGGGCAACUCGGAGGUCGGCCAUUUGAACAUUGGCGCUGGCCGGGUUGUGUGGCAGGAUGUCGUCCGCAUCGACCAGACCAUCCGGAAGAACGAGUUCGCCAACAAUGACGUUAUCAAGAAGACCCUCGAGGCCGCCAAGAACGGGAAUGGUAGGCUGCAUCUCUGCGGUCUGGUUUCCCACGGUGGUGUGCACUCCAAGCAGGAGCACCUCUAUGCCAUCCUCAAGGCCGCCAAGGCGUGUGGCGUCCCCAAGGUCUUCAUCCACUUCUUCGGGGAUGGGCGUGAUACCGAUCCCAAGUCUGGCGCCGGCUACAUGCAAGAGCUUCUCGACAACAUCAAGGAUAUUGGCGUCGGGCAGAUCGCGACCGUUGUCGGACGUUACUACGCCAUGGACCGGGAUAAGAGAUGGGAGAGGACCGAGCUUGCAAUGAAGGGCAUGAUUCUGGGCGAAGGCGAGGAGAGUGAUGACCCUGUGAAGACCUUCAAGGAACGGUAUGAGAAGGGCGAGAACGACGAAUUCCUCAAGCCCAUUAUUGUCGGAGGCAAGGAGGGCCGUAUCCAAGACGAUGACACUGUCUUCUUCUUCAACUACCGGUCCGACCGUGUUCGUCAAAUCACCCAACUUCUCGGUGCUGUUGAUCGGUCGCCGAGGCCAGACUUCCCGUAUCCCAAGAUCACUAUCAUCACCAUGACACAAUACAAGCUGGACUUCCCCUUCGAGAUUGCCUUCAAGCCGCAGCACAUGGGCAACGUCCUUGCAGAAUGGCUAGGGAAGCAGAACGUGGAGCAAGUGCAUAUCGCCGAGACAGAGAAGUACGCCCACGUUACCUUCUUCUUCAACGGCGGUGUCGAGAAGGCCUUCCCCCUGGAGACACGCGAUGAGAAGCAAGAUUUGGUUCCCUCCAACAAGAGCGUCGCCACCUAUGACAAGGCUCCCGAGAUGAGCGCCGCUGGUGUGGCGGACCAAGUUGUAAAGCGUAUGGGAGAGCAGAAGUUCCCCUUCGUCAUGAACAACUUCGCGCCGCCAGACAUGGUCGGCCACACCGGCGUGUACGAGGCCGCCAUAAUUGGCUGCGAGGCCACAGACCAGGCCAUCGGCAAGAUCUUGGAGGGCUGCAAGAAGGAGAACUACGUGCUGUUCAUCACCUCCGACCACGGCAACGCCGAGGAGAUGAAGUUCCCCGACGGCAAGCCGAAGACGUCGCAUACCACGAACAAGGUCCCCUUCAUCAUGGCGAAUGCCCCCCAGGGCUGGAGUUUGAAGAAGGAGGGCGGUGUCCUCGGAGACGUGGCUCCGACCGUUCUUGCUGCCAUGGGACUUCCCCAGCCCGAGGAAAUGACGGGUGAGAAUCUUUUGACCAAGGCGUAGCGGAAUGAUUGAGGGGGGUUGGGUCGGCGUUAGAAGGAGUAACGUGAGAGGCAAGAAGCCGAUACAGGAUAGACGAUAAAAAAUAGGUAGUGAUCGAGGUACAUGACGAAGACUCUGGGCAUCCAUGAAAUAUAUUGUGGCACUGGUGUGCUUAUCCCUGGCCAACCUUGCAGCUAUCGCAGUAUAUAUCAACAUCGUGAGAAGUCCAAGCAUGCACCUAACUUCCCCUCCUCCA